CGCGCUUGUCCCCGCGAUUAGCCGCGCCACCGCGUCCCGGCACCCUCCCCGCGACCCACACGUCAAAAUAACAAAUUGAUUUAUACCCAAACACAAACGAACUUAACCGAAAACUUACAUGAUGUUCAGUGCCUCAACGAACUUCCCGUUCAAGUAUCAAGAUUAACGAGACGGAGUUUCAACAGUUUAUGCAUAAGUUGUUUACAACUUUUUAGUGAUGUGAAUAGAUAGUGGUUCAAAGGUGAGGAUGGGGCAAGCAGUUGGCGGUGUCAAGUCCGCAUUAUUGAUAUCUCUUCUACAUGGAUUCCUUUUUCUUAUAGCUGGCUCCGGCACCGAAUCGCCACUUGACAGUACGACUGUGGACAUGUCAUCGCGUCGGUUUAGAGCAGAAUUCCUUCAAGAAUGGCAAGGGUCAGCUGACGCGCCGUACUUCGAUUCCACCACACCAAAAAACAUAACAGGCCUAGUGGGCCAUCCCGUUAGAUUAUUGUGUAGAGUCAAGAAUCUUCAAAAUAGGACGGUAUCAUGGGUGAGACAUCGCGACAUCCACUUACUGACUGUCGGUCGGUAUACAUACACCUCAGACCAGCGCUUCGAGGCGCAGCACAAGCCUCGCUCUGAGGAGUGGGCGCUGCGGAUACGCAGUCCGCAGCGCCGGGACUCUGGCCAGUACGAGUGCCAGAUCUCCACCACUCCACCCAUUGGACAUGCUGUGUUCCUUAAUAUCGUAGAACCAGAAACGGUGAUAUCAAGUGGUUCAGAACUAUUCAUCCAAGCUGGAUCAACUAUUAACUUGACGUGUACAGUUCGACAUACACCGGAACCACCCACAUCAAUUACUUGGACCCAUGGAGAUCAGGUAAUAAACUUCGAUUCGGCUCGCGGCGGAAUAUCACUCGUGACAGAAAAAGGUCUCAAAAGUACCAGUAGACUGCUUGUGCAGCGAGCGACGGGUUUGGACGCCGGUGUGUACACUUGCGGCCCCAAUAACGCACCAUCUGCCUCAACUAGAGUGCACGUUUUAUCUGGUGAACAUCCAGCGGCGAUGCAGCAGGGUUGUGCAAAAUCAUCAUUAGACAAAGCCUCUGUAUUAUUUUCUAUAUUCACUUUUUAUAUUUUUAGUAAACCUACAUACAAUGACUUAGAAUUUGGUACCUGAAUAUAAUUUAUAAAAAAUAUACUAUCGGUAAAAUUAAAUAGCAACGAUGUCAAUAUUGAAUAUAAAUAUAUGUAGAUCGAAUUUUAUUCAAAUUUAUACAUGAAAUUAAAGAAAUGAUCGUAAAGUUCGUUAAUUUAUGUAAUAAAUUAAUUAAUAAUAUUGACAUUUGUGUAAAUAAUGAGUGUAAUAUAAAUAAUUAAGAAUUAAAUUUAUUUAGUUAGAUAAACUUUAUUGUAUAGUUUUAAUAUAAUUAGAUAUCAUAUAAGAUCUGUUUCUAAUCCAGAGAUAACAUAAUAGGGAACUUUAUUCAAAUAAGUAGACGUAAUAAUAAAUAUUACAGGUCUAAUGCUACACCAGUUAGUUUUUUUUUAUUAUUUUAUUACUCAGUUUGUAAUGUCCAUCACCAAAACAAAUAAAUUAAUAAAGAAAAUAUAACUAAUUUCAAGAAUGUUUUGAAUAAAAUGUAGCAUGUCUUAGACAUAUAAGUGUAACAAAAAUACCAUUAUACAUAUUUAUUAUACUUUAAAAAUGUAAAAUCAAUGUACAAAAUCUUAAUAUACAUAUUAAGAAUUGUGUUCUAUAUUGUAAAGUGUUACAAGUACAGUUGUAUAAUAUACUAAAAUAAGAUAAAAAUAGCACAAAUAUUAAUAACCACAAAUUAAAUAUAAAUAAUUAAAUAUAUACAUUAUCGUUUUUCUUAAAAUUUAUAAAAAUGUUUUAUUCUUUUUAUAUUUAAAUAUUUAAAAACAGUCACAAAAGUGAUAAUAUGUACCUUUGUAAGAAAUAUAUUAUUAAAUCUUUACCAGUUGGUUAUUUUUUGUCUGUGUAAUUUUUUUUAAACAAUGAUAAUUCUUAAUAUUAAUAUUUUUUCACUACUCUGUACAGCAUUUAUUUUUUCAAGUUAAAUAUAUAAAUAAAACUUAUACAUAGAGGUAAAUUAAUCUAAUUUAAUAUGAAAUUUGACACUUUCCGUCUUUUAGCUAAAUAGAUAUCCUUGAAAAAAUAUAGAUGCCUGAAGUUCUAAUCUCAUAAUCACAUCUGUAACAGACAGGUCUGUACCUAAAACUUUAUUAGUGUCUAUUUUAACACAUAUCUAGUACACUUAAAAUUAAUUUAUCUGUUGUUAUAUUUCAAUAAAUUCUAGAUAAUAAUAAUAAUGUUAUUUAUACAUGGUGUUCCAUUCCGUAUUAUUGGAUAACAGCUGUAACAGUGCGAGAGAGAAUACGUGCAAAGGCCUAGAAAUGGGAUGACAUAAAUAUUCAGGGUUUCAUUAAUGAAAAUUAUGCGGUUGUUGAAUGAAUGAAUAAUUUCAUUUCUUGUUACAACCUCAUAUAGCGCGUUCCAGAUUUAACUUUUUUAAUUUUUCAUGUAAUUAUCGUCUGUUUAUACAGCGGAUAUUUUUAUAAUAGUGCCUAAUAUAUAUAUAUAUAUAUAUAUAUUUAGCCACUUCAGAAAGAAGAAAAAUUUCCAAUUCCUCUGUUUUAUAUGAUCCUUCCUAUGGGAGAGCUCUAAGUUCAGCAGUGGACAAUAAACGGUUGAUUUGACGUUAAUGAUAUGACUAUUUCACGGAAUAACAUCCUUAAUUUACUAUUGACGACUUUAUUCCCUCUAACAAUUAAUAAAGUUUCUUUUUAUUAGGGUUUCAACUCGAAAGCAUGCCCUUUGUCCAUACUCUUAACUUGUUCCCAUAUUAAGUUUGUUCUUUUGUGACAAAGCUGCCGUUUUUCUUUAAUAAAAAACAACACAAUUUCGCUUUCUUAAUUAAAAUAUUUUAUAUAUUCACUACUUCGUACGUGUAAAUUUCAGAUGUAAGAAAACCAAUGAAAUACUAUACCUCUAGAAGGCAUAUUAAAAUAAAACAUACACCAUUUUUUUUUAGUUAGACCUAUCUAAACAACAUCCAAUUUAGAGCAGUAGUUUUUUGGGUGAUGCCGUAAUAAAUUUACAAACAGUUAGAUAGACAGACAAAAUCUCUAAAAACUAUUAAUUUGACACCUUUUUAUUAAGACAUUGUCCCAUUACAUUGUUGAUUACCGAUUAUUUCCAGUCGCUAUUUUUUCGCGAAAUUAAAUACCGUUCUUAAUUUAUAUAAUAGUUAAAAACAUAAUAACUUCCAGAUUGUGAUAAUGUCCGUUUUAUUAUGAAGGCAUCGACCAUCCCUACAAAGUUAGACCGACAUUCAUAGUCGCUUUACAUCGCUUGACUGACCACUGAUCGCAACACUGUAGCUUUAUAGAAAGAGUUCAGUUACUGUAUUUUUAGCGACUUAAUAAAAUAGGAAUUACUCAAUUCGCCUUUAUUUUUUACAUGUUAUAUUAUAUGUUUACUAAUUCAAAUUUCGAUUUUAUAUAUCUUUUUUUUUCAAUAAGAAUAGUGUAGUCGUUGUCAAAGGUAUAAAGUUGGUACUUAUAUCAAUUAAAUCUAUGAAUUGGUUUUACACUAAAAUUAAUUAGAUAUGUCAUUAUAAUAAUAAUAAUAAUUUUAUCAUGAAUUCACAUAUAGCUGUUUUUGUAUGAAAUAAUAAAGUAAUAAAAUUAAAAAAAAAGGUCCAGAUCUAAAAUAGAAUUUCGAAAUUCUCAAGAACUAUAAAAAUGAAGCUGUCAUUAUAGUACAACUACGAUUUGCAUAAAAAAUUGCCGUUAAACUGUAAAAAGAAAGUAAACACUUAGAAAAAAGAAUAAAAAUCACUAUAGAACUGGCGAUGUAAUUGCGUAACAUACAUACGAAAAUUUCAGACGAAUUAAGAAUCUUCUUCUUUUGACAUCGCUUAAAAAUUGGUCCAGAAUUAGAGGAAAUAUUAUUGAACCUUCUUUAUGGCCAUGAUGUAAAUUUAAGUCUUGCCAUAUAUAUAUAUUGAUAUUAUUUUUCUACACGUGUUUUGUUUAUAUUAAAAUGGUUGUCUCGUCUUAUAUCUAUAAUUAUUAUAUAUAUUGUUGUUCUAAAGAAUAUUAUUUUUCACUGUAACCCUCUACAAAUAGAAAAUAGUCCCUCCUUUUAAGUUGUCGCUUGAUAAAUAAAUAUUAUAAAUGGGAAAAGAUUGUUUUAUCAAUAUACAUGUAUAUAAUUAUAACCAAACCAAAUUGUAUUAUUAAUUCAUGGAAAUAUUAAGGGUCUAAUCGAAAUACUGAUAUUUAUUAUAUAUUAAUUCAUAACCGAGUAAAUUAGACUCGGUUAAAUUUACUUAACUGACCCUAUUUACUUGCGUCAUCUUUAUCGAACCAUGUAAUAGGUUUAACCAAAUUGUAUUAGAUUAAUAGAGAAUUAAUCUUUCAAAAUUAUAUUCUAAAUUAUUCGUCGAAUUCUAAAUAUCAUAAAUUCACUGGUUGAAAAUAAAUUGAAGAAUUUAUUCAAAAGGUUCGCCAAAUUACCAAUUAAAAUAGUGUUACAAUUAAGAAAAUUUAUGUAAAUAUGACAGUCAACGAAAUAAA